CCUCCUCCUUCACUCUCCCUCAUACUCAUAGGAGGAACAGAAACUGCACACAGGCUUUCACCCUACUCCUGCCUGAAGAUAGAAGUGGCUGCACAGUCAUCAAUACAGCCAAGGAUCGAAGACAUUCAAGCAUGAAAAAUUCUCUGUGCUCGAUGGCCCUGGACAAAAUGGAAGAUUUGAGUCUGAAACAGACGAUACCCAGGGCUGAGAUAGGUGAAGUGAAAGGUAUUCCUCUCACAAAGUCAAUAUGCAGCACGUGGGACCAAGUGUGGAGCUUCAAAGCCAGACCUGACGAUCUGCUCAUUGCAACCUAUGCUAAAGCAGGUACCACAUGGACACAGGAGAUAGUGGAUAUGAUUCAACAAAGUGGAGAUGUUGAGAAGUGUAGACGUGCCACUACUUACAGACGCCAUCCUUUCCUUGAGUGGUCUAUCCAAGAGCCUCCAUCUGUGCGUUACUCAGGCCUGGAGUUAGCUGAAGCCAUGCCUUCUCCACGAACAAUAAAAACUCAUCUCCCUGUGCAGCUGGUGCCUCCCUCCUUCUGGGAACAAAACUGUAAGAUAAUCUAUGUGGCAAGAAAUGCGAAAGACAACCUGGUGUCGUACUACCAUUUCCACAGAAUGAAUAAAGGAAUGCCUGAGCCAGGAACCUGGGAAGAGUUCCUGGUAAAAUUCAUGACCGGAAAAGUGCUCUGGGGUUCCUGGUAUGACCAUGUAAAAGGAUGGUGGAAGGCAAAAGAUAAGCACCGUAUUCUCUACCUCUUCUAUGAAGAUAUGAAGGAGAAUCCAAAGCAAGAAAUUCAGAAGAUUCUGAAGUUUCUGGAGAAGGACGUGAAUGAGGAGGUUCUAAACAAGAUACUCCAUUACACCUCAUUUGAGAUAAUGAAGGAAAAUCCCAUGACAAACUACACCAAAGAGUUUCAGGGAAUAAUGGAUCACUCUGUUUCCCCAUUCAUGAGAAAAGGGGUUGUCGGGGACUGGAAGAAUUAUUUCACUGUGGCACAGAAUGAGAAAUUUGAUGAAGAUUAUAAGAAGAAAAUGGCUGAUACCUCUCUUGUUUUUCGCACGGAAGUGUGAUUAUUAGCAAUGGGAAUUAUCCUCUGUCAUCUUCAGCUUUUUCCAUUUUAUAUAUUUUGCUUUUCCUUCACAAAAUGCCCAUGUCUCUAAAGUUUCAACAUCUCUCUUCAACACACCAUUGAUUUUUCAUUAUUGUGAGAGCACCCAAAUUAUGGGGACAUUUGGGUCUCCCUGAAGAAAAUAAUCCUUCUGGAUACUUCUUAUUCAUGCCUCCCACAGUAAAGUUCAACAUCAACAAAAAUAUUGCAGUCAUGCCUUGAGUUUUUGUCUUUGUAAAACUGCAGUUGAUAUUGCUGGCAUUUUCAAACUAACCUGUAACUGAUACACUCUUUUAACACCUUUUUUCCCAGUAACAGAUGUGGGCAUUAUGUGCUAUUCACACAUUAAAUGAACAUUUAACAAUAAACAACAAUAAACAAGUUUAAA